AUGGCGGCGCCCUUGAAGAUUCAGAGCGACUGGGCCCAAACCCUCAGGAAGGAUGAAGGGGAGGCCUGGUUGAGCUGUCAUCCCCCAGGGAAACCAACUUUUUAUGGCAGCCUGACUUGUCAAGGACUUGGCUUGGAUGGCAUCCCAGAGGUUACAGCUUCAGAAGGAUUCAUUGUGAAUGAAAUAAAUAAGAAAAGCAUUCAUAUUUCAUGUCCAAAAGAAAAUGCAUCUUCAAACUUUUUGGCACCAUAUACGAUGUUUUCCAGAAUUCAUGGAAAGAGUAUAACAUGCUUGGACAUUUCCAGUGGAGGAGGCCUUGGUGUGUCUUCUAGUACUGAUGGGACCAUGAAGAUCUGGCAGGCUUCCAAUGGAGAGCUCAGACGAGUAUUGGACGGACAUGUGUUUGAUGUGAAUUGUUGCAGGUUUUUCCCAUCAGGCCUUGUGGUUUUGAGUGGGGGAAUGGAUGCUCAGCUGAAGAUCUGGUCAGCUGAAGAUGCGAACUGCGUGGUGACCUUCAAAGGUCACAAAGGAGGUAUCUUGGAUACGGCCAUCAUUGAUCGGGGAAGAAAUGUGGUAUCUUGUUCUCGAGAUGGGACAGCACGACUUUGGGACUGUGGGCGCUCAGCCUGCCUGGGCAUCAUAGGAGACUGCGGUUCUUCCAUCAAUGGUAUGGCUGUGGGUGCUGCUGACAACUCCAUAAACCUCGGCUCCCCUGAGCAAACACCCAGUGAACGAGAGGUUGGAACAGAGUCGAAAAUGCUUCUCUUGGCCCGGGAAGAUAAGAAGCUUCAGUGCUUGGGACUCCAGAGCAGGCAGCCGAUUUUUCUCUAUAUUGGCUCAGAUGCCUUCAACUGCUGUACUUUUCUCUCUGGCUUCUUGCUAUUGGCUGGAACCCAUGAUGGAAAUAUUUAUCAGUUGGAUGUGAGGAAUACAAGAGUUCCAGUACAAGUCAUCCACAGAUCAGGAGCACCAGUUCUGUCCCUGCUGAGUUUCAAAGAUGGAUUCAUUGCUAGCCAAGGUGAUGGAAGCUGUUUUAUUGUCCAGCAGGACCUUGACUAUGUCAUUGAGCUCACUGGGGCUGACUGUGACCCUGUAUAUAAGGUAGCCACAUGGGAGAAGCAGAUCUACACUUGCUGCCGAGAUGGUCUUGUCCGACGCUAUCAAUUUUCUGACCUCUAAUCCUUCGGGGGUGGAGGGAAGAAUCCCAGUUAAUAUUUUUAUUUAAUAUUUAAUAUUUUUAUUUUAUUUUAGUCUUUUUGACUAAAUAGGAGCAGGAAUAUCAUCUGUUCUUUCCAGGACAAAAGCCCAUUAAUGUCAUGGGCCUUUUUCAGAAGUUAAAGAAAGCAAAUGCUGUAUUCUGUAUGAAACAAUCAUUCCAUGACAAGACACACUAAUUGUGUUCAAUGUUUAUGAAAGCUCAUUUUCCAAAAGAAAUAAAGAGAAUAUUUUGGAGGA